UAUCUGUCGUAGUAUCAGAAGACACGCCCGUAUACCGUCAAUAUUGGUUCUACAUUAUCAUUGGCAUCAUAUUAUUACUCCUUCUUCUGCUUCUGCUCUUGUUGUUCAUCCGAAGGAAACCUAAACGAACAUACAAAGGUUUGAAUUUUUGACAAAGCACUAUGGCUCUCCACAAUCUCGUAAGCAAGGGCCAGGGAAGAGUCUGGGAACGCGGUUGAGCAAGGGACUUGCUUGCGAGGUCGGACUCUCCACUGAGAAUUGUGAAUGAGAGAAUGUCUAAAUAUUCUUGCCCAGGCUAAUAUUCUUGGCCAGUAUCUGGUUAACCCCAAGUCAAAUGGAGAUGAGAGCAAAAAUCUCACAUCUUGUAGCAAGUCUGCCAACAAGCCGUCAACAAGUUGUGUUCGCACUGCUUGUCCCAAGUUGUCAACAAGUUUCGAUCAAGCUGUUAACAACUUGUAACAACCUUGUCGAUAUUAUCGGACUUGUAGCAAGGUUGUUCCAACAAAUCCGAUACAGUCGUGAUAUAACAAUAUUGUUACAACCUUGUGUCGUCAACCUUGUAAGAUUCUUGUUAUAUCAUCGGACUGUAUCAGACUUGUUAGAACAACCUUGUAACAAGUCUGAUAAUGCCAUCAAGCUUGUUACAAGUUGUUCACAGCUUGUUGAUAUUAUCGGGCUUGUAGCAAGGUUGUUCCAACAAGUCCAAUACAGUCAUGAUAUAACAAGAAUGUUACAACCUUGUGUCGUCAACCUUGUAACAUUCUUGUUAUAUCAUCGGACUGUAUCAGACUUGUUAGAACAACCUUGUAACAAGUCUGAUAAUGCCAUCAAGCUUGUUACAAGUUGUUCACAGCUUGUUGAUAUUAUCGGGCUUGUAGCAAGGUUGUUCCAACAAGUCCAAUACAGUCAUGAUAUAACAAGAAUGUUACAACCUUGUGUCGUCAACCUUGUAACAUUCUUGUUAUAUCAUCGGACUGUAUCAGACUUGUUAGAACAACCUUGUAACAAGUCUGAUAAUGCCAUCAAGCUUGUUACAAGUUGUUCACAGCUUGUUGAUAUUAUCGGGCUUGUAGCAAGGUUGUUCCAACAAGUCCAAUACAGUCAUGAUAUAACAAGAAUGUUACAACCUUGUGUCGUCAACCUUGUAACAUUCUUGUUAUAUCAUCGGACUGUAUCAGACUUGUUAGAACAACCUUGUAACAAGUCUGAUAAUGCCAUCAAGCUUGUUACAAGUUGUUCACAGCUUGACCUGAGAAAUGUGGGCUCAACCACGCAGUCUAUUCUAUUAUUGAUAUGACUAAACACUCGAUAUCUAUCUUUAUAUAUAGUGGGUGAGAGAGAAAAGGAACGCGCAGUGAACGACUCAAUUGAGAUGGGAGAAGAGCAUCCUUUGAAAGACGCUGAAGUGUAA